UACUUAAUUUUACGCGCUUGUGUACCUAUGACUGAACUAACUUUGACAGACAAUCUGAUCUUCCUUAACCAUGAGAAAAUGAGAAAUCAUCCUGACUGAAUCUUAAAUGAGAUUACUUGUAUGCCGACCAACAGUGCUUUCAGAACGGGCAACACACGUUGUGAGCCCACCGACGGACCUUAGAGAAGACUUGUUUCGAUGACUUCACACUUGAGAAGGGCCAUAUAAGCUGAAGCACUCUCCACCAACAAUAAACUCACUCGCAUGCUAAUUUGCAAAAUGGGGUGGCAUCAAAUCCUCGGCCUCCUCUGCUUCCUCUUUUCCUUACAUUCCUCCCUUCCCUUUGCCUCGCCCCUUUGCCCGCCUGACCAGCGUGAUGCCUUGCUCCGUUUCAAGAAUUCCUUCGUGCUUGAUGCCGUGGCGUCGGACUACUGUCAUUUGCAUUACCCAUCUUAUCCGAAGACAAACUCAUGGAACAAGGGCGUGGACUGCUGCUUGUGGGGCGGCGUCACUUGCGACAAUGUCACUGGUUCCAUCCCUCCGACUCUAGGGAACAUGACUAAUCUUGAAAUGCUCGAUGUAUCUUCGAACAAGCUUUGUGGGGGAAUUCCUGGAGCACUGGUAAAUUUGUUGUUCCUUUCGUACUUAAACCUUUCGAACAACCGACUCAUCGGUCGAAUUCCUCAGGGCAUGCAAUUCGACACAUUUUCAAGUGACUCGUUUAGUGGGAAUCCAGGCUUAUGUGGAGUUCCAUUACCAAAAGAAUGCUCUCCGGGAUCUUCCUUGUCAACUUUCGGUUGCAAAGGGCAUGAGAAUUGGUUCAAACAGAAAACAGUGUGGAUAGGUUAUUCAUCGGGAAUUGUAAUUGGGAUUUCCAUAGCAUACAUCGCAGUUGAAAUACGAAGGCCCAAAUGGCUUGCGCAAGGUGUGAGAAUGCUAGAGAGAAGAGCAGCCGAGUGGAUGGAGAAACCAAAACGGAAGGUCACUAAAUUUCAUGGAAAAUGAAAUUGUUUGCGGAGUGGUUUCUUUAUACUACACAACGUAGAUUCAUCGAAUAAAUGUCACUAGACAAGCUUGAGAUGUCA